UAGCUUUAUCAAGCCGCAUCUUGAAGAGUUAUGCCUUCUUCUUCUUCUUCUUUAAUUUAUAAAAAACGCAUUUGUAGAAUAUGUUACUGGCUUGCGGGGAUUUUGUUAGGCACGCAAAUUCCAUAAAAUGCAGUUGCGAUAAAUUAUUUUUAUAAAACAUUUCAAAAUAUAGACAUUUGUCGAAUAUAUGUUUUGAAAACUGGACAGAUCGACCAAAAACUCCGUUUAAACCCUUCUUCUAGGGUUUUGUAGGCAAUCGCUCUCUGCCAAUAAACGCUCCGCAUAGAAGCAGAUGCUUACAAGGGGUUUUCCCCUUUUAUCAUCUGAGAGAAAGAGAAGGAAAAGGGUGAGAGAGGUCCACAUAAAACCCAAAGGUACGUCAACCCAAAACUCAACCUGAGAACAUUUCUGGGUUUUUGAUUUCAAUUCAUCUACUUUGAUACGAUAUACGACAAACCCAUGAUCGAAUUUUGAGCUUUAGCGUCGAAAACUCACAUUUGCGGUGUCAGUAGUUUUUCCAUGUUGAUACUCAGAAUCCGUAAAAGGGAAUCUUAUGUCUGUGCGUCUGAAUUGAUUUGCAAACUCAGCCACUUGAUUCUCUCUCAUGAUGUUUUCCCUUUGAAACCCAGUAUUGUGCAGAACCCUAAUUUAGUACCUUUGAGGAUUAGGUGCUUUGGCAGUUCCAGGCCCACCCAUGAUACCAAAAUCUCUGUUGUAGAGUCAACACAGCCACUUCUCUCUCUUACACCUACCAACCCGAUUUCUCGAGUUGCUAGGUCAGAGGGGCAAGAUGCUCUUUUCGAAUACUUGCAUUGUACUCAAGGGUUCCACUGCACGGAUGCGGAACACGUUAGCAAGAAUUCACCAUUCUUCCUUGAGCACUUGCUUUCCAAGGUUGAGAAUGAGCAAGAUGUGUCUAAGGCUUUGACCAGGUUCCUCAGAUACAAUCCCAUUAAUGAAUUCGAACCCUUUUUGGAGAGCUUGGGUUUGACCCCGUCUGAGGUUGUAUCCCUCCUUCCCCAGAGCUUGAUGUUUUUGAACGACGAUCAAGUCAUGCUUGAUAACUUUCAUGUCCUUUGCGGUUAUGGGGUUCCUCGAAGUAAGAUUGGUAGGAUAUACAAGGAAGCAAUUGGGGUAUUCAGGUAUGAGUAUGGGAUAUUGGAUUCGAAACUUAGGGCUUAUGAAGAACUAGGCUUGAGCAAAUCCACGGUUAUUAAGCUGGUUAGUUGUUGCCCUUCGCUUUUGGUGGGUAAUGUUAACAAGGAACUUAUUGGGGUUCUUGAAAAGUUGAAAGCAUGGGGAUUUGGAAAUGAUUGGAUUGGAGGGUACUUGUCUUGCAAAAGCGCUUACAAUUGGAAUAGAAUGCUUGAGACAAUGGGUUUUCUUGGUGAAGUGGGUUAUAGUCGGACACAGAUGGGGAGUUUGUUUAAAACGAAUCCUGGUUUGCUUUUGGAAGGUUCCAGCAAAAGACUCUAUAUUUUAGUUGGAGGGUUGCUCAAAUUGGAUCUUAAGAUGAGUGAAAUUUACUCUUUCUUCUUGCAGAACCCUCAAAUUCUGUCCGCUAAGUGUGCCAAGAAUGUUUGCCGAGCAGUGUGUUUUCUGUAUGAGAUAGGAAUGGAAACUGAAGGAAUUGCAACUAUUGUAGCUAAUAACAUUCGGGCGCUGGGUGCGGUCUCUCUGAAUCAAACCAGAACUAUUUUGAAAAAAUUGAAAGUUGAGAGAGACGCUUUAUGUCUUAUGAUAAAGGAAGACCCUUUAACGUUUCUCAGUUUGGUUGCCAAAUCAGAUGUUGUCAGCAUUGAACAGUUAUGGUCUGGAAACCAAAGUAGGUUUGUGGAGAAGACUACGUUCUUGCUCAAGUUAGGUUACGUGGAAAACUCAGACGAGAUGACAAAAGCUCUGAAAAAGUUCCGUGGCAGAGGUGAUCAAUUACAGGAGAGAUUUGAUUGUCUGGUGCAAGCUGGUUUGGACCCCAAUGUUGUAGCAAAUAUGAUCAAACAUGCUCCAGCUGUUCUAAACCAGAGCAAAGACUUACUCGAAAAGAAGAUUGAUUGUUUGAGAAAUUGUUUGGGUUACCCAUUGGAAUCAAUUGUGGUAUUUCCUUCGUACUUGGGUUAUGAUUUGGGCAGAAUCAAUCUUAGGUUUUCCAUGUGUGCAUGGUUGAGGGGGAGAGGCAAAGCCAAACCUACUUUGUCCUUGAGCACGAUCCUUGUGUGUUCAGAGGCACGAUUUUUAAGAGAUUUCGUAGAAAGAGAUCCGGAAGGGCCCACCAAGUGGGAGAGCUUGAAAAAAUCAUUGCCUUCGAGCUAAGGUGGAUUUCUGUCCCUUUUUUUAUUGUGACAAUUUUUUGGAAUGAAUAUGAAAGAGGUUCCCUUUCGGAUGUAUCAAUUUUCUUUGCCUGAUGGUGGUAUACUCUGCUCUACUCUUACUUAAUUGGUGUCGUCAAAGGCUUAUUGGAGUCAUCUUGUGGUUCAGUUGCAGUGAAACUGAGUUUUUAUGUUGCGUUGUUGUCAUGUAUCCAGCGCUUCUUAACUCUGCAGUUCUGAUAUAUCCACGGCAUUCUCUGAAAUUCUAUAUGAAUAUUUGAUUUUUGGAACUAA